CACAGCACAACGAAGCAAACCACGAAGCAUAGCUACUUAGCAGUCAAUGCAAUUGCACCCCGCUGUUUAAUGCUUACCUGCUGAAGAAGGGAAAAACGACAUGAGAUGCGCCUAGCCGACCGCCUCAAGUGUUGGCUUCGCAAGCUCGUCUCGCACAACGAGGCAGCAGAAGCACCAUCUAAGUUGUUACAUCAGAGCAGUGUCAAGCAGGAGGCUGUGAACGGGCAUCACAAGGCAGGGGUAGUGGCCCAACCGUUAGCGGCCGAACCCGAGCCCGUCCCGCCCCAGCCACCGCCACCAGCAGCCUCUCAACAGCCCCUUCCAGCGGGCUCUUUGGAGCAGCAGCCCCAGAAGUCCUCUCAACCUCCGCCGCAAGCUCCUGCAAACGGUAGCAACACGAAGGCUAUGGUUGACACAAGAGACUUCUUCGCGGAGGCGGUGCAUUCUGAAGCGAAUAGGUAUACCAUUAAGGAGGUCAUUGGCAAGGGCAGCUAUGGCGUUGUCUGCUCCGCGGUCGACAAUUUCACCGGGGAAAAGGUGGCCAUCAAGAAAAUUACAAAUGUCUUUGAGCACGUCUCCGAUGCGACUCGCAUCGUGCGGGAAAUCAAGCUGCUGCGGAUGUUGAAGCAUCCAGACAUCGUGGACAUAAAGCACAUCAUGCUGCCGCCCAGCCCAAAGGACUUCAAAGACAUCUACGUGGUGUUCGAGCUGCUAGAAACUGACCUCCACCAGGUCAUCAAAGCCAACGACGACCUGACGCCCGAGCACCACCAGUUCUUCCUCUACCAGAUGCUGCGGGGGCUCAAGUACAUACACUCGGCCAAAGUGUUCCACCGCGACCUGAAGCCCAAAAACAUCCUGGCCAACUCGGACUGCAAGCUCAAGAUAUGCGAUUUCGGCCUGGCCCGCCCCGCCUUCACCGACGCGCCCACCACCGUCUUCUGGACGGACUACGUGGCCACUCGCUGGUAUCGCGCACCCGAGCUGUGCGGCAGCUUCUUCGCAAAGUACUCACCCGCGAUAGACAUCUGGUCGGUGGGCUGCAUCUUCGCCGAGGUGCUUGCGGGUCGGCCGCUGUUCCCGGGUCGCAACGUGGUGCACCAGUUGGAGCUGAUCACCGACCUGCUGGGCAGCCCGCCGCCAGAGGUGAUCGCAAAGGUCCGCAACGAGAAGGCCCGCCGCUUCCUGCUCUCCAUGCGCCCCAAGACCGGAGUGCCCUUCGAGAGCCACUUCCCGCGCGCCGCCCCCGCCGCACUGCGACUGCUGCGGCGCAUGCUGGCGUUCGACCCGGCGGAGCGGCCCACCGCGGAGGAGGCGCUGCAGGACCCAUACUUCGAGGGCCUGCACGCCCCCGCCCGCGAGCCCAUCUCGCCGCCCCUCUCCAAGCUGGCCUUCGAGUUCGACCGCCGCAAGCUCUCCCUGGAGGACGUGCGGCACCUCAUCUACCGCGAGAUCCUGGAGUACCACCCGGGCCUGCUGCGGGACUAUCUGGCGGGGGCGCCGCCGCCCGCCUUCACACACCCCUCCGCGCUGGAGAGCUUCAAACGGCAGUUCGCGCACUUGGAGGCGAUGGGGGGCGUACCUCACGUGGCCGGCGCCUCGGCUGCUGCAUCUUCCGCUCCCCGCAUCUGCCCCUCCGCCUCUCUGCCCAAGGAGUGGGUGGCGGAGUUCCAGUCCGAGGCUGCCAGGUACUCCUCCGCCUCGGGCCUAGCACCCAGCAACAACACCACCAGCGGUGUCACGUCCACCACCACCGCCGCCGCCACAACCCACGCUUACACCACCACCGCCGUUAGCAGCAGCAGCAGGCUGAUCGCGGCCAACAGCACCACCGGCACCACGACUGCCACCAGCACCACCACUGCUAGCAGUACGGCAGCAGCUACGGCGGCCAUGCUGACAUCUGCCGCCUCCACCACCUCCUCCGGAGGCCUACCCGCACCGCCUGCUGCCUCCGCCACCGCUGCCGCACCUCCGCCGCCGCCGCCGCCUGCUGCUCCCCCUCCACCUCCGCCUCCCCCACCACCACCCUCAACACAUGCAGCCCGGCCCACCUCCUCUUCUUCCUCCUUGGGGGCAACAGCAGCAGCAGCGCCGUUUAGGCAACAACAGCAGCAAUUUCCGCAGCAGCAGCAGCAACCACAGUACCCCUCACCACCCCCACAGCGCAGCUCUGCCCCCCAACUGCCCUACCCGCAGCUCCUGCCGCUACCCCAGCAGCAGCAGCACCCGCAGCAGCACCCGCAGCCCCCUGCAGCCCGGUCCGCACUCGCAGCUGGCAACCCGCAUCCCCACCCCCCGUCUGCCGCCCACGCCCAACCCUCCUUCAACCACCCGCACCACCCUCGCCACCACCGACAGCACUCGCAUCCCAACCUGCUCGUCUAUUACCCGACCGAACCCGGGUUAGGAGCAGCGACAGGAGGACCAGCAGCAGGAGGAGGAGGAGGAGGAGGUGGUGGUGGGGGGCUAGCCGCAGAUACGCUUAUGAUGGAUGCUGCUACAGGGGUCGGCAUCUCCCACCCCAACAAUCCCAACAGCAACCCCCACCACAGACGCGGUCACAUGGGAACAGCAGCAGCAGCGGCAGCAGCAGCGGCGCCAGCUACCUCCUCCUGCGCCUCCUGCGCCUCCUCCUCCUCCGGCAUGGGUCCUGCCUCGGGAACCGGCAUGGGGGGCGGGGGGCUGGGCGGGGUUGGGGUGAUGGGGGGAGGCGGCUUGGGAGCCGCACUGCCGGGUAUGGUGCAGCAUGGGGGGUCGGGUGCAAGUCCUCAGGGGCCGGUAGGGCUCGGGCAGCAGCAGCAAUACGGCAGUGCGUAUAACAUCAUGUAUCCGCAGCGGCCGCCACAGCAGCAGCAGCAGUUGACAGCGGGGUCGCGGCAGCUGAGUGCGGAGCAGCUAAGUGUGCUGAGUGCGGGGCAGGGUGGGGACGAGGAGCUGGAGAGCAACAGUGUCAGCAACGGGCCGCUGUACCGCUAUGACAUGGGGGGCCAGGGGCAGCAGCUGCAGCAACAGUACGGAGGAGGAGGGGGAGGAGGAGCAGGCAACGCGAUGAUGGGGGUGCAAUACCCGCAGCAGCAGCAGCAGCAACACCAGCACUUGUUGCCAGCUGCUGCCACUGCUGCUGCUACCCAGGGUUUCUUCGGUCCCGCGGGGGCGGCUGCUGCGGCGGCGGUCAUUGCUGCCCAACAACAACAACAACAGGCGCACCACCACCAGCAUCAACGCUACUCAAACCCCGGCUGCCUUACUUCUUCGUCCCAACAGUACCUGCAGCAGCAUUUGCAGGCGACGUCGCAGCAGCAACAGCAGCACCCUAGGUGGAGCAGCAGUGGCGGUGUGGGUGUGGGAAUGGGUGCUGCGGGGUCGUCAACCACAAUGACUGCCGCGGCCUACCGGGGCCAUGCAGCACCUGCGGGGCCAGUAGCAGCUGCAGCAGCGGCUGCAGCGGCUGGUGCGGACAAUACGUACCUCCACCACCACAAGUACCACCCAUAGCUGUCACAUGUGACGGGAUGACCCAUGGGUCUGUGCCCCGAGAGGUUGGUCCACGGGGGAUGAAUUGCGGGCUGCUGCUGCUGCUGGGGCCGUGGCGGAGGGAUAGGAAAAAGGGCAGGAGGAGGAGGAAGGGCAGGUUCGGGGUUUGCUGCUGCAUGUGUGGUUCACCCUGCACGUGUCAUCGCAGCGACGUGUCAUCGCAGCGACAUGAAGGGCAGUGCCCGGUACAUCGGCAAGUUGUGUGAGGCGGAGAUGGGGUGCGGGCCCUGGUGUCGGGGGCGGCUGUGAGGGGGGCGGCACGAGGAAGAGGAAAAGAGAUGAGAGGAGUGGGAGAGAGUUAUGGCAUGGUUCAUAAGCGGUUCUGGGAGGCGAGAGGAGAGCUGCUGUGAGGUGUGCGUGUGUGUAUGUGUGUAGACGCACAGAAGAGAACUUGCAACCUUGCAUUCUGUGUGUUUUCAUGGGGUUAUAGUCCUGUAACACGGGUUACUGAGGAGGAUACACGAAUGUCUUUAUGUUCUCAGGAUACACGCACCAUGACAUCAGUUGCACCGUUGUCAUUGUUACCUAUGUGGCUUCUCCGUGGUAGAGCAGUAAAGGUGGUGGGGGGCGACACUGCAGUCUACGCUUUGGGCGGACCCAUGGGUCUGAUUCUCCGUGGGACCGGUACAUGGGCCGCCCUUCCUCCAAGGUUGUUUCUGGCUGGUUCCUCAACUCCUCCGCCAUGUCUUCCAGGCCCCCCCUACUUCUUCUUGGGGCUAUCCUGGGCUAUGACUUAAUUCUAUGUGUCCUUAGUUUCUGUCUGUACCCGUUACUUGGCGACGGGUGAUGCGCCCAAGUGUGGAGAGUAUAAGUGCUGAGGUGGGUCUGUGUGGGCCACUGGGAGACUGCACGGGCAGGCAGGCAGGGAGCGCUGCUUGGGCGAGGGGCAUCGCCGCUUCCUGCCCGGUUGGUGGUUUGGGCGCUGAGAUGAUGCGCUUGGAAAGUGUCUGUGGGAAGAGUGUGGUGUCCGGCUGUUGAGGGGGAGGACUGCUUUGGCCCUUGCCUUCCGUCACAGAGCCCUGUGGGCGCUUUGGGGGCGGGGCUUCCGACUCCUCGGGCACAGCCCCCAUAUACAUACAUACACAUAGGCUGGUUCGUAGCGGUUUAAGAAUGGUUUCGGGCGGUCCCUGGCAGCUAGCCCUGUGUUUCAUUGUUUGGGGGGGAGACCGAGGAGUGGGGUUACUCCCUCACACACGCAUGCAUGCAUGCCUGGUUGCGAGAGACGGCGUGGUGUGGGGGCUGCUCCGAGGGGAUCAGUGUUCAUAGUGGACAUAGCUUUUUAUGCGGCUGUUAAACUGGCGCGGUUUGGCCUGUGGGAGGUUGGCUGCCUUCCUCUCUGCUGCCUGGUUGGAGUUCCGGUGCCGUUGUGCCUUGAGUGCUCGCACUUUCUUACGUGUGCCCCGUCUGCGCGUGUGUGUGAACGCUGUUGUGGUUGUGCGACGUGUCUCACGCACGGCACGUAAGUCCGGUUGCCUUGCGUUCCCUCCUUUCUGUACAUUACUAUGGACUGUGUGGUCCCGGCUAGUCGCCUCAGGACCCCUUCCGCAAUGUUUGUGUGUUUUCGUGUGUGGCAAUGGGACGCCGGCUGCUGCCGCUGAUGUUUGUUGCUGCUGCUGCCUUCGUGUGUGUCUGGGCUGGGAUGAGACGGGAAGGGAUGGCGGCACAGAGCGGUAACGGUGCCCGAGUAACCGAGUUCCUGUGCCCUGUCCCCCCCGCAAAUGCGCUGUUAGGCCCUGCACUGCCGCACUUGAAGAGGUGGGGGAUGAAUUGUCCGAUGGCCCCUUGUUGGUUUCUUUUCUGUAGCAUGGUUGGUUGUUGACUGUAUUUUUUGUCUGCUCUGUAGCGCAGCAAGAUAUAUAUAAGCAGCACUAACUGACAGGCAAAGAUUAGUAGUAAUUAACCCUGAUGGGCAUACAUACAUAAGUGGAGAACAGAGGUUGGAGCAACAAAAGAGUGGAUGUGCGGUUUGUUCGGUGGUUUCUUUGUUUCGGUAUGUUAUGUUAUGUGCAAGUGCAAGUGCGGUACACUGUCGUUUGCCCGGGGCAUUGCAGCCUAGGCGGGCUGUUUGCGCAUGGGGUUUAACAUAGGCAUGUGUCUUACUAUCCUAUCUGCAGCACAGGAGUUCCGUUUUGUAAUCCCCAGUUCCCGGAUGUGCAGCGCGUUUCUCAUCGUGGCCGUGGCAGCAAACACGCCUUGUUUUCGCGUCCUGCCCAGUCCGUCCAGUCGUGUCAUCGGCGGUGUGAGCUGCUUUGGUGCGCGCAGGGUGUGGGAGCAGCGGUGAGGAGUGUGAAAGGGACCCCUGCUCCCAGGGAGCCACAUGCCGUGCAGUGAGGUGGCGUGUAUGCAUGCGCAGUGUUAUUGUUGUUGGUAGUGGUGGUGGUGAAGAGGCGGUGGGGCGGUAUGUGCCAGCAAGUGCACAUGGAGAGGCCACAGGGGGAGAGUUUUCCAUGACGCCGUGUAAAGGCGGCACCACGAAGAAGCCGGUGUUGGGGAGGGUGUGCGGAUUGAAGGAUGCUGCGGGGGGUGCCGUUUGUGAGGCGUGGUGCGCUGGCCAAAGAGCCUUACGACAGCUGGAGGAGAAUGACUAUAUGAGGCUGGAAUGUGGAGAGGGGGAGGGAGAAGUGUCAACUUUUCGCGAAGUGGAAAGUUCACUUAUUGCGCAAGCUACCGAUCAGCGUGUAAGCGAUGUCGUACAUUUCAGUGGUCGGUGGCUGUGCCUGGUUGUGCUUUCUCGCAGAGGCUGUGCCUGGUUGUGUGAGCAAUAAGCGAGGAACACACUGACCCGAGCUGUGUGGCUAGCUGGUAGGCACGUCAUGGAGGCAUGGUACGGGUGGUGAGGUUGGCAUGCACGUCGGUCACUGGUAUAUGAUGCAUAGUGGCGAGGGCAGGGGGCCGCUGAGGUGUGCAGGCGGCGGUUGGAUACCGGUAUCCAGGAUGUUGACCAGGUGUGGACUGGGCUGUAGAUGAUGAUGACAUCGGGCUAAGGACGAAGGAACACAGCUUUGCGCUGGCGCGUUAGGGUUUGGGCAGAGGAGCUAACCCGUAGUUAUGGGUUACCGGUAACGCUCCCUAUUUGUAGGCCCCAUAUGGAAUUCGGCGACUUGGAUGUUACUUGUAUGUUGCGCCCUCGAAGGAAUGGAAAGCAAUGCAAGUAAAGUAGAGUUCAUGAGCAUGGCCGAAGGUUUCAGAGUGUACGACCAAUCCCGUCGUUCUGCACAUUCACGACGGCACAUUUUCCUAUCACGUUUUACCCUUCACCUUCACAAACAGUCAAAAGGUUGAACGUUAAUCUUUUACUUCACAAGGCACUAGCUUGAGACACAGUAGAGGCGCAUUACAGCCCUGCAGCCAAGCC